AUGGACAAAUACUGGUACAACAACAGCAGACAUCAUGAGUCUACAACAGCAGACAUCAGUGAGUCUACAGCAGCAGACAUCAGUGAGUCUAGAACAGCAGACAUCAGUGAGUCUACAGCAGCAGACAUCAGUGAGUCUACAGCAGCAGACAUCAGUAAGUCUACAGCAGCAGACAUCAGUGAGUCUACAGCAGCAGACAUCAGUGAGUCUACAGCAGCAGACAUCAGUAAGUCUACAGCAGCAGACAUCAGUGAGUCUACAGCAGCAGACAUCAGUGAGUCUACAGCAGCAGACAUCAGUAAGUCUACAGCAGCAGACAUCAGUGAGUCUACAGCAGCAGACAUCAGUGAGUCUACAGCAGCAGACAUCAGUGAGUCUACAGCAGCAGACAUCAGUGAGUCUACAGCAGCAGACAUCAGUGAGUCUACAGCAGCAGACAUCAGUGAGUCUACAGCAGCAGACAUCAGUGAGUCUACAGCAGCAGACAUCAGUGAGUCUACAGCAGCAGACAUCAGUAAGUCUACAGCAGCAGACAUCAGUGAGUCUAGAACAGCAGACAUCAGUGAGUCUACAGCAGCAGACAUCAGUGAGUCUAGAACAGCAGACAUCAGUGAGUCUAGAACAGCAGACAUCAGUGAGUCUAGAACAGCAGACAUCAGUGAGUCUACAGCAGCAGACAUCAGUGAGUCUACAACAGCAGACAUCAGUGAGUCUAGAACAGCAGACAUCAGUGAGUCUACAACAGCAGACAUCAGUGAGUCUACAGCAGCAGACAUCAGUGAGUCUAGAACAGCAGACAUCAGUGAGUCUAGAACAGCAGACAUCAGUGAGUCUACAGCAGCAGACAUCAGUGAGUCUAGAACAGCAGACAUCAGUGAGUCUAGAACAGCAGACAUCAGUGAGUCUACAGCAGCAGACAUCAGUGAGUCUAGAACAGCAGACAUCAGUGAGUCUACAGCAGCAGACAUCAGAUAUUGUGAGAGGAGCGCGUCCACCUCCGCCUCGUCUGGUCCCAGCUGGUUCUCCCCCUGGUCCUCUUCAUCCACGAACUUGUUUUCAUCGUAUUCGUCCACGUCCACCCGGCGGAACCGUGCGGAUGUGGGCUGUUUGGACAUGGUUCUGAUGAGCGCAGGGAUGGAGGCUGUAAACCCGGUGAUCUCUGGUUGUAGUCGCGGUCUAUGGUCCAGCACUGCACUGGUGGGUGGUCUGCAUACCCCCCCCCCCCCCCCCCUCCUGGACCCCCGGCUCCUGUGGGUCGUCCCGUCACAGGAAGCACAGCCGCUCUUUCCAGACCGCUUCCUUUCAUCCAAUUUCAACUUCCAAAAUCUGACGCUGGAGAAAGUGCGGCCAAAGCUGAGUCAAGGCAGAUACAGGGCAGUAACCAUGGAAACAAAGGGAGGGGGAGGGGGCAGAGCGUUCUGGCCCUUUGCCUUCGGGAGUGAAAGGAUAACAGAGGCUCCCACCCCUCCACACACUCUCCAGGCUCUAGGGGGCCUCUAG